UGCCUUUCUAACAAUGUUGACAACCAACCUUAUUCAUUUCCUCCAAAAUGAAAACCCUUAAACCCUACCGGAAAACUCCACAGUAUUCCACCAUCCCCUCCUUUCCACCACCACCACCACCACCACCACCUGACCUUAACCUCGUCGGAAAAGCAGUCUCCAUCCUCAAACGCCACCACAUCCACAACCUAAACCCUCUAUCCCCCCACUUCACCCCCCAAUCCGCUUCCUACUUACUCCACCAUUCUCAAUUCGACAAAACCCUAACCCUAUCUUUCAUCAAUUGGUCUCGCACACGCCCCUUUUUCGACCUCAAAUGCGCCUGUCAAUCCAUUCACAUUCUCACCAGAUUUAAGCUCUACAAAACCGCCCAAUCAAUCGCUGAACAUGUUGCCAUUAACACCCGUAACGACGAAAACGGAGAAUUGGUCUUCAAACAGAUCAAAGACACGUACUUUGAUUGUAAUUCGAGCUCUGCGGUUAUCGAUUUGUUGGUAAAAUCAUAUUCUAGUUUGAAAUUGGUUAAAAGGGGUUUAAAUACAAUCCAUUUAGCUAUAUCUCAUGGGUUUAUGCCCGGUGUGCUUUCGUAUAAUGCGGUUAUCGAUGCGGUUAUUAGGUCGAAUGAGCGGAUGGAACUAGCUGAAGAAAUGUAUAUGGGUAUGAUUAAAGCGGGUGUUUCGCCGAAUGUGUUUACUUAUAAUAUAUUGAUUCGCGGGUUUUGUGGGGUUGGGGAAUUGGAAAGGGGUUUGGAAUUCUUUGAUGAGAUGGGAAGGAAAGGGUGUUUGCCGAAUGUGGUGACGUAUAAUACGUUGAUUGAUGCGUAUUGUAAGUUGAGGAGGGUUGAUGAUGCGUUUAAGGUGUUUGAGAAAAUGUCUAAGAGGGAUAUGGAGCCGAAUGUGAUUUCGUAUAAUGUUAUUCUUAAUGGGUUGGGUCGAGAAGGGAGGAUGAAAGAGACGGGUGUGGUUCUUGAAGAAAUGAAGCGGAAAAGAAUUGUUCCGGAUGAAGUGACGUAUAAUACGCUUGUGAAUGGGUAUUGUAAAGAAGGUAAUUUUCAUCAAGCGCUUAUUUUGCAUGAUGAAAUGACGAGUAAUGGGUUAUCUCCGAAUGUUAUUACGUAUACUUCUUUGAUUAAUAGCAUGUGUAAGGCGAGAAAUCUACAUCGUGCUAUGGGAUUUUUAGAACAAAUGCGUGUAAGGAAGUUGUUUCCGAAUGCUAGAACGUAUACGACGUUGAUUGACGGGUUCUCGCAGCAGGGGUUCAUGGAAGAAGCGUAUAAGUUGUUGGAUGAGAUGAAAAAGAACGGUUUAUCUCCGUCUAUCGUGACUUAUAACGCUUUGAUCCAUGGACAUACAGUAGACGGGAAGAUAGAAGACGCCUUACGAGUUCUUGAUCAGAUUAGUAAAACCGGAUUAUCCCCUGACGUUGUAAGCUAUAGUACAAUCAUCACCGGUUUUUGUAGGAAUCAAGAACUAGAUAAGGCGUUUGAAAUGAAACGCGAAAUGGUCAAAAAAGGAGUGUUAUCCGAUGCUGUUACGUAUUCGUCACUGAUUAAAGGUCUUUGUGUUCAAGGGAGACUAACCGAAGCGUGUGAUAUUUUCCAGGAAAUGUUAAGAAUAGGUUUACCACCUGACGAAUGUACAUACACAGCUUUAAUUAACGCGUAUUGUGAAGAAGGAGAUACGAAAACCGCGCUACAUUUGCAUGAUGAAAUGCUUAACAAAGGCUUGCUACCCGAUGUUGUGACUUACAGUGUGUUGAUUAACGGGCUUAGCAAGCAAGCACGAACCCGUGAAGCAAAGCAGAUUCUUUUCAAGUUGUAUUACGACAACGCGGUUCCAGAUGAUGUGACGUACAAUACGUUAAUAGAGAAUUGUGGCAACAUGGAGUUGAAAAGCGUUGUAGCACUUAUAAAAGGGUUCUGCAUGAAAGGCUUGAUGAAUGAAGCAGAUAAGGUGUUUGAUAAAAUGCUUCAAAGAAAACAAGCACCCACUGAAGCGGUUUAUAAUGUUCUUAUACAUGGCCAUUGUAAAGGCGGGAACUUGAGGAAAUCUUUUAAGUUAUACAAAGAGAUGGUGAGUCGUGGAUUUAUGCCGCACACUGCAACGAUUAUUGCGUUAGUAAAAGAGCUUGUGAAAGGUGAAAUGACUGCGGAGUCGAGUGAAGUUAUAGAAAAUGUGUUGAGAAGUUGUAAGGUUACGGAUGCUGAGGUGGCAAAGGCUCUUGUUGAGAUAAACCAUAAACAAGGGAACAUGGAUGCAGUGUUUAAGAUUCUUUCUGAAAUGGCUAAGGAUGGACUUCUUCCAAAUAGUGGGAAAACUGCUUAUGCUCAAUGAUCAUCAUUAUUUUGCCAUUUUCUGUCAUAUUUUGUUUUUUUUUUUGUAUUUUAGGGGAUCCAUCUUGCUUAUAUGUGUACAUAUUACAUGUAAUGCAUUCUUUUGUUAUAACAUAUAAAUUUUGACUAUAUAACCAUUUGCAUGGAUGUCCUUGAUAUACAUAUGUGUUGGGCGUUUGCCACUCGAGUUUUAGCUGGCUUGGUCACUUUCAUCUGGUAUUGCAUUAUGUGUGAUUGAAUGAUCAUAUUGAGUAGGGUUGAUCAACAAGCUAUUUUAGUCGAGCCCACACUGACCAGGGCUUGAGCCAGUAGUAACACGAGCUAAGCCAGCUCGACUUGAUAUUUCCAGUCGAGCCAAAACUGAGCUUGUAUUCGACUUUAAACAGGUCGGUCCGUCAGCCUUGAG